AUGUCCCAUAACAUUCCUCAAGACUUGCUUAUAGAAAUGUUAUCAAGCUUUCCAGUGAAAUUACUUCUCAAAUGCAGGUGCGCUUGUAAAGCUUGGGACUGUUUAAUCACCAAUCCUUUUUUCACAGCGAAGCACCUCAAGAAAGCGGCUGCAAGAAACAGUGAACUCCUUCUCUUUAGGUAUUACAUCGACGGUGGAAAUGAACGUUAUUUGCUACACACAAAUGAGUCUUUCCCUGAAAAUCCUGUUGAGGAACUCCAUUGCCCAUUAAAGAGCUUGAAUCAUUUUGUUAAUAUAGUGGGUUCUUGUAAUGGGAUUUUGUGUCUAUCUGAUGAUGUUAAUGGCGUGUACACUAACAGAGCUGCUUUAUGGAACCCUAGUGUUAGAAAGAUUGUUACUAUACCUUCUCCUAACAUUACUCUUGAUUCAGGUGGACAGCUUUUUCACUCACUUGGGUUUGGUUUUGAUUCCAAAUUAGAUGAUUAUAAGUUGGUGAGAGUUGUGUAUAUGGAAGAUAAUAACUUUGGCAUUGAUAUUCCGCCUUUGGUUGAGAUUUACAGUUUGAGAAGGAGGUGCUGGAGAUUGAUUCGUCAUGAUCUGAAAUAUUUCAAUACUGCGAGCGCACAGUCUGCUUUUGUGAAUGGAGCUUGUCAUUGGGCUGCCUAUAAGCCAAAGAAUGGGAAUGGUGUAUGCAAUGUGAUUGUGUCGUUUGCUUUGGGAGAAGAGGCUUUUGGGGAAAUGCUAGUGCCAAAAUGUUUGGUUGACAAAUAUCUCUUCAUGGAUGUUGCAGCUUUUGAUGGAUCACUUUUGCUGGUUCCUUUCCACGAAAUGACUGGGGAAGAAGAUUGGUUUUCAGUUUGGAUGAUGAAAAAAUAUGGUGAUGUAGAAUCCUGGAUCAAACUUUUCAAUAUUUCACAUUUGGAAGGGAUACAAAGGUUAGUUGCAGUUAGGCCAAAUGGUAAGUUUCUAUUGGCAAAAGAAGAUGGAAAGCUGGUUUUCUAUGAUCCAAACACUGAAGAAAUAUUGGAUACAGGAAUUUUUGGGGAACAAAACUCCUUUUAUUUGGAUAUUUUAGUGGAUAGUCUUGUUUUAGUGGGUGAAUCAAAUGAAUUUACAGAAAUCAAGGAGGAGGAUGCAUUUACUUCUGGUUCUGUUUCUAGUUCACUGGUGGUAAAUGAUAAAGCAAGUGAAGAAUCAAGGGAAGAAUCAUAG